AUGGACAUGACCCUCCUCGGUCGAGGAGCCAACGGUACCGUGUACCAAUUGACACCCUUUAUUGCGGUCAAGGUCGCACGUACCGGACCCUACGAAGAGACAGACCAUCUCCACGAGCAAAAGGUUUUCGAGUUGCUGGAAAAGCAAGACCGCGCAAUACCUUUCCUGGUUGAGAGUUUCUACCGGACACCGUUGAACACAUUCCUCGAGCUUGCCGACGGGGGAAGCGUCGCUCAGCAUCUCAACCGGUAUCAAGAGCGGCUCGGUCCGCAGGUUCUUCGAGUCACAGAGCACCUUGAACCUCUGACGAUUCGACGGUGGAUGGCACAGUUGUGUCUCGCGGUUGCGGGACUUGAGAGAAUCGGUCUGACGCACGGAGACAUUCGCCCACACAACAUGCUCCUCGAUAAAGAUUGGGACUUGAAAUUGAGCGACUUCGACCGCGUCAUUGGGGUAGGAGAGGAUAUCCCAGUAUUGACAGAGCCAUUCGGACGACGUCUGCACGAUGGGGAGGACGGCGUCAGUGGUACUUAUGGCAAAUCGGGUGCGCACACAGAAACCUUUGCCAUCGGAUCUGUAUUCUAUACCCUCCUACGUGGACACGAGCCGUAUGAGACUGAACGAUGGGGGUGUGACCACAAUAUUAUCCUGAUGGACAAGUUCGAGAACAAAGAAUUCCCGCCUCUUGAUGAUACGAGGGAGGAUGGCAUUAUACAGAAAUGCUGGAACGGAGGAUACAGCCAGGUUCAAGAACUGCUGGUGGAGUUCCCACAGAUCGACAGGCGUGACAGGAGAAUUGAUGAUCAUACACGCUCGAUUCGAAAGCGGGAAUGUGAGCAAUGGAUUGAGAGCGGAUUGGUGGACACACUGGAACGGUAUUAG